UAGCAAAAAUGCUAGCCAUUUCUUCUCCUAUGUUUUCUACUAAUUAUAAUAAUUUUGGUUGGCUAUUGGAAGAUCCAAUUAGCCAACAAAUUAACAUUAAUCCCAUGGAACCUCUUCAUUCAUCAUCAUCAUCACAAAAAAACCUUCAACACUCUGAUUCAAAUAAAUUUGAUCAGAUUACUAUCAACGGUGGUGAUCAUCAUCAAUCUGAUCAGACGGUGAAGAAGCUUAAUCAUAACGCAAGUGAACGUGAUCGUAGAAAGAAUAUCAACGGCUUAUAUUCUUCUCUUCGUUCUUUACUUCCUCCUUCUGAUCAUACGAAAAAGCUAAGUAUUCCAUCAACAAUAUCAAAAAUUCUAAAGUACAUACCAGAGUUACAAAGUGAAGUGGAAAGAUUGGUUCAAAAGAAAGAAGAAUUUACAUCAACAACUAUUUCCAAUAAAGAAAAUUCAGGUGAUUUUAACAAGCAAAAAAGAAGAAGUGGAGGAAUUGAAAAUUCUUCAUUAGUUAUUUCAACAAGUAAAUUAGGUGAAAAAGAAAUAGUGGUUCAAAUAUCAACUUUGAAGAUCAAUAAAGGUUCAAUUGGUGAGGCUAUUUCACAAUUAGAAGAUGAAGGACUUGUUCUACUAAAUGCAACUUCUUUUGAAACUUUUGAAGAUAGAGUAUUCUAUACCUUACAUUUUCAGGUUGAAGGAAGUAUGGUGGUUGAGGUUGACAUGUUAAGAGACAAACUCUCAUAUUAUUUUGAGAAGGAAGACAAGUUAUAA